AAGAGUAUCGAAAAGACUGAAAAAAGCACCGGAGACAUAUAAUUAUGCAAAUGCCGAUGGCUUUCAGUGUGCUGUGGCUACUUCAGCUGUUUCUGCUGAUGAAGACGGCUGUAGGAGCUCAUUUGGCCAGGGGAGAGGAGCAACUGGAGGCUCUGUUGGCCACCGAAACCCAGCUCAUCGAUGAGUUGCGUGAUAACAUAGAAAGAUUGGAGCUUCAGCUGGCGGAGAUCCAAAGGGAGACCUCUGCCAUCGCGGAGAUACACGGUCAGGUGGAUAAUGUGGAGGAGUUCAUGGGCAAUCCGCUGAAUGUGCUCGGUAUUCUCAAGAGAUUCGAGAGUGUGUGGCCCAGAUUGGAGCAGCAGGCGAACGAAACCCUUCUCAUCAGCUCGGAAGGGUCCUCCUUGGAAAGGGAUUUCACGCUGACCCUCCCCAGCGAGGAGGACUACGAGGAGUCCUUGAACCACCUGCUCCACCUCCAGUCUGUCUACGAGUUGGACCCCAGCAGCCUCUCCCUGGGCCUGGUCAAUGGUUUGAAGCUGGGCUCCGCCAUGUCCUGGGGCGACUGCCUGGAAAUGGCUCGCAAGUCGGACUUUGCCGUGGCUAGAUUUUGGCUAGAAUCGGCUUUGGAAAAGCUGCCCUCCGCCUCGGAAAACUCCACGGAAUCGCAGAGGGAGCGGGAGAGUGGUCGUGUGCACAUCCUGGAGGCAGCCCUCAACAUUGAAUACCGCGCUGGGGAACUCGCCCGAGCUCUGGCCACUGCCGAGCAGCUUCUGGUGCUGCUGCCGAUGAACCAAAACAUUCAAAAGGCCAAGAGAAAGAUUGAAAAAGCCAUGGCCAAAAAGGAGCUGCCCAAGGGCAGGCGUCCGAAGUCGAAGACAAAAAAAUCCAAAUCUGCAGAACAGCUCCUUAUAGAGGAGCUCUGCCGCGGGGCCACCCAGGAACCCAACACAGGAAGUCGUUUCAGGCACUGUGAGCUGAAAGGCAGUAGGCCCUGGCUUCUUCUCCAACCCUCCAGAUUAGAACCCCUCAGUUCAGACCCCUAUGUCGUACUGCACCACGAUGUUCUGACCCCAAAAGAGAGCGCUCAGCUCCUGGAACUCAUAGAUGAGGAGGAUACCAACGCAGUUGGGAGCUAUCAACCGCUGAAGCUAUCCAAGCUGGCGCAAAAAAAGCUGAAGAAGAUUAAUCAUCUGGGACUCGAGACUGGGGAGCUGGAUGCCUGGACGGGACGUCGCCACGGCCACGAGCACAGCACCAAGUUGGAGGACAGCUCGCAGCUCGGGAACGUGGCACGUGUCAUGCUGAACUUGCAGCCACCCGGAAUGGGAGGGGCCGUGGUCUUUCCGCAGCUGGAGCUCGCCGUGAAUGUCCCACGUGGCUCGCUGCUCCACUGGCACACACGAUCCGCCGGAGGCUCCUCAUCCGACUGGGACUACCGCAGUGGCCAGGCAGUGUGUCCCGUGCUCCUGGGCGCCCAGUUGUCUGUCAUCGCUUGUCAGCAUAACGUGAUGCGACAUACCCUGUAG